AUGGUGAUCCGGUGGCAGAUAGCGCAGCGGCAGAAGCAGACGGAACGUGCGGAGCCGACACUGGCGGCGGCGCUGGAACGCAAAAUGGCCUUCAUCGAGGCACUGCGGACAGGGCCCAUGGCCGUCUCGACGGCUACGGCUAACGCGCAGCACUACGAGGUUGGCACCGGCGUGCUGGCCGCCAUGCUCGGCCCGCGCAUGAAGUACAGCGGCUGCCUGUUCCCCGAGGGUCACGAGACGCUGGCCCAGGCGGAGGCUGCCAUGUUGGCGUCGUACGUCGACAAGGCGGCGAUCCAGGACGGCAUGAGUAUACUUGAUCUCGGAUGUGGUUGGGGUUCUGAAACCCUCUACCUCGCCGAGAUGCUACCCAAGUCCAAGAUCACGGCCUUUUCGAACUCGCAGAGCCAGAAGAAGUACAUCGAUGACAGGGCCCAGGAGAAGGGCUUCACCAAUUUGACUGUCAUCACGGGCGACAUCGUAGACUAUGAAUUUGAGGCCAAUAGUUUCGACCGGAUAAUCUCUGUAGAGCUCUUCGAACAUAUGAAAAAUUACGAGCUGCUUAUGGCCAAAGCGGCAAGAGCCUUGAAGCCGGAUGGAAAGCUCUUCCUGCACAUCUUCUCGCACAAGACCUCGCCGUACCACUUUGAGAAUGACUGGAAAGAUCUCAAGAUCGAGAGGCAAUGGUGGGUCAAUGGCAUGCAUUAUUCGAAAACUUCCGAGCACUGGCUUGCAAACAUGAUAGCCAAGAAGAAGCAGAUAUGGCCGCAUUUGGAGGAGACGUACGGCAAGGAGAAUGCUGGGACGUGGUAUAACAGAUGGCAGAUCUUCUACAUGGCGUGCUCGGAACUGUUUGCUUAUCAGGGCGGAGACACAUGGGGUGUUUCUCUUUAUUUGUUUGAGAAACCGAAACCGUGA